ACGUCAAAAACUGUUGUGACUUCAGUUUUACCGAGUUUUAAGAGACGUUUUACCAGUAAAGACCACUCAAGAUGAUUUGUACGCCUAAAUUAUUCUUGCUUUUGUUUGUCUUUUGGCCAGUACCUGUACAAGGAGGACAAGCCUUCAAUUUUGGAGGAAAAGAUUUCAUUUGUUACGACAGGUCACUGGACGACCUUGCACAAGACGUGAGAAACGACAUGCUUUCAUUCAAGAAUAUCUACAAAUUUCACUUCAAAACCAUCCAACCCUCGGGAAUUUUUCUCUUUUCUGAAGGAACCCGAGGAGAUUUUAUCUCCAUUGUUUUGCUUCAUUGCAAAUUAAGGGUUGUGAUAUACCGACAGGUGCAGAAAGGUGGCACUCCAGAUGAGCUGAAUGUUGUCACUGGGAAUGAUUUAUGUGAUGGAAAUUGGCAUGUUGUCCAACUUAUACGCAACGGCAGAAAAGCCUGUAUUAAUGUAGAUUACAGCCAAACAUGUCACAAGAUACCAGGGCAGUUUUCAUUAUUGGACGUAGACCUUCACACUUAUGUCUCUGGCAUUGACAAGACUGCCAUCAAGCCAUCUCGCCAAUACCGAGACAUUCACCAACUACCAAACUACAGAGGCUGCCUUCGAAAUGUAAUGCUUAAUGAAACAAACAUUUUGAAAGCAGCAUUGAAGAAAAGGAAACAUAUCAAAGUCUAUGGAACUCUUAGUAAAAGGUGCUCAGGACAUAAUCUUAUGAAUGUAGUUGGAUUUAACAGUGGUUCUUUUCUGCAGCUAGAAACUCCAGCAAGAAGAGCAUUACUGCUAAGCUUUCACUUUCGUACAUACUAUGAAAAUGGACUACUGUUUUAUUCUCAGUCAGCUUUAUUUGCCAAGCUUAUGCUGGUUUCUGGUAGUCUGGAGUUGCAGCCUUACAUCGAGGAUCUACAAGAAAUUCAACACCCGUUUAAAUUCAAAAUAGGGAAAGAUCUUGCUGAUGGAAACUGGCAUAUAGUUAACAUACGCAUCAACAGUAAUGGCUUUACUUUGUCAGUUGAUCAAGAUGAAAUUACCUGGAAAAAACCCAAGAAACUGAGGAGUGCAAACCUUUCAUCAUUUAAAAACAUCAUCUUUGGACAUGGCCUUGGUUUUAAAAGUUUCAUCGGGUGCCUCAACAAGAUAAAAGUAAACAAAAUUCUCAUCAAUGCAAGCAUUGGCUCAGGUCUUCACUUUGGACGGUGUCCUAUUAGCAAUCUCUGUUUCCCAAAUCCUUGCAGACAUGACGCCAAAUGUAUUAAUAGAGUCCAACAUUUCUCUUGUGACUGUUUGGGUCUAUCCUAUACUGGCAGACUCUGUUCUGACCCACUUUACAGAUCAACAUGUCAAGAGUAUGUCAAGAUUGGCCUUUUGAGGGAUGCUAUGUGUUCAGUCUUACCAAACAACAAUAUCUCAUCAACACCUUUAAAAGUCUUGUGCAGUAUGUUAGGGGAAAGGACGGCAGUAGCUGUAAUAGAAAAUGGGAAGAAAAGCUGGCAGAAGGUAGAACAGCAUAUCAGCUAUUCAAUUGGUGGUUACUUGAAAAGUGAUAUUCAUUACUCUAUGAACUUCCCAAACAUCAAAGCUGUAAUCUCUGGAAGUCGGAGAUGUUACCAGUAUGUGGCUUUUAAUUGGACACAUUCUAUGUUGAAUGUCUCUGGGAAUAACUUGGCAUAUUGGAUCUCAUCCAGCAAGAAAAAUGGUAACCCAGUACCAAUUAUCACCAAUGGUUAUAUAAGAGACAAGUCAAUGCUUCCUGUAAUUGCUGUCAUGUUCCAUCCUGAUGCAGUAGAUUCGUACUACUAUGUGGGACCUUUAAAGUGUAUGGGUACAAAGAAACACUCCAAACCACUGCCAUCCUUUGUUGACAGCCGUAGGUUCUUGAAGAAUGUGUGCAGUCCUUUAGUUCAAUCAAGUAACACCAACUCAGCUUACUCUCCUGAAGAUGAUGCAAAAGUCAACACAGGAUUUAUGUCCUUGGAAAUAGAGAAGCCCUUGGAGCCAGAAGAGUCAGUAACUUCAAAGAUGACGGAGGAACCAUCAGUAAGUAGUACUGAAAAAGUGGCAAUCACAGCCAUAGAGACAAGAAAAACUUCUCACUUCAACAUACAAAACAAAAAGGCGUUGCCAUCAGCUCAAAACGGAAACCGUCUUUCCUCACAUACAGCCUUGACUGAGAGGCCAGAGUUCCUUGCAGCAUUGAUAGCUGUUUUGGUCUUACUGACACUACUCAUGGGCUUCCUCUGUGCUUCUGCACUCAAUAAAAGAAAGAUGAAAGCAGAGAGAGAAAGAACCUUUAGCUUGUCCCCAAGACUAGACAACAACACAGAUAUAAGGAGGAAGUCUGUUUGUGAUGAAAUUGGGCUGCAGCCAGAGUCAGAUCUAUGGAUGAAGGUCAAUUCAUGUGGUUAUGACGUAGAGACUGGGAAGAUUACCUACGGAUAUGAUAUUUACCGUGUGAGUUAGAUCUACUUGGAGUCAGUUGUAAGGACGUUUUGUUCAAGACACCUUCGUGUUCUUGUUUGUUGAGUUACCGAGACAUUUUCACUUUAAUCGUUGAAUACGCCGUAUAUCUUUCGGUACAGAAGUUAAGGUCGUUAAGCAAAUCACUGCCGUUUGGGUGUGGCUAUUAAUGGAGCUAGAUUUGCAAAAUCUACCGAAGGAAAAGUCAACUGGUAGUGGAAAUAAUUUCUCUGUGUGGUUUUGUUUAUUGAAGUUUUCAUUCAAAACAUUGUUAACUCAUCCACAGGGAAGACGGACUUUUAAGGAGCGAAACCCAAAAGUGAAGUCAUUUAAACUUCCGGUUGACAUCGCAAUCGUACGCAUUUAUCGAUGGUUUUCACGGCGGCCAUGUUGGAGGAACUUAACAAAAGAAUUGUCAUUGAAUUCUUUUGUUAUAUCCUCAACAUGGCCGCCGUGUCUUUUGUUAUUUAAUUAUCUUGGGAGUGGCUGAAUACCAUCAAUUAACAAUAAUGUCAGUGUAACAUAUUUUUAUCAGUGUUUGCUGCUUCGUAGACUAAUCACUGACGUUGGAGUUUUAUGGUUCACCUGCUACAGGCUCUCUUCGUUUCGUGGUGUGCCUGACACAUACAUACUGGAUAUAACAACGGCAAGAAAAAUCCACACCGGCUCAAACCAGAAAACGUGUUGCGUAAUAUUGUUAAGGUGUUAAGGUGUGUUGUUAAGUGUUAAACGAGACACGAUUCGUAAUGAACGACGAUGUUACUCUAAAAACUUCGUUGUCUUGUAACAUGGAGUGCAGUUACAAUCUUGAUCGAUAUCUUGCUGCGGCAACAUGUUGCAGGUUUUUGACUGUUAGUGUCAUCAUCUUGUUAACUUUCUUUAUUGUGUUUUGCAUAUUCAAAUG